GUGAGGCGCUCUCUUUUGCGUGAAACGUCAAUCCGUCAGCACGUUUCUAUUUCGCUUUUUGGUGAAAAUUUCGUAUUUUCUCUGACAAAACAGGAUGCCUCGUGAAAUCAAGGAAGUCAAGGAUUUUCUGAUCAAAGCGCGCAGGAAAGACGCUCGUGCUGUGAAGAUCAAGAAAAAUCCCCAAAACACCAAAUUCAAGAUCCGCUGCUCCCGAUUCCUGUACACACUCGUGGUCACUGACAAGGAGAAGGCUGAGAAGCUGAAGCAAUCCCUGCCACCGGGCCUCCAGGUCAAAGAAGUAAAGUAAACAAAGUGCGAUGGUGUUUUGAGGUUAUGUGACCAUAAUUCCCGGAAAGAAAAUAAACCACGAAGUAAAAAGG